AAUAUAUUCACAUAUACACAAGUAUUAAUAGAUCAGCUGUUCCAAACGUUAGACUAGUACGAAAGUGAACGCUCAAAAUUUAUGUGUAGUCACAAUAUUUCUUGUUUCUUGUUGUUCUUGUAAUUAUCAUGGGGAAGAACAAACAAGCGCAACGAACUAAAAACAAUGUAAAACCAUCAAAUAGCAGCAGAAGUGCAGAACUUCUGGGCACUUCGAUACCAAAUUUUGUUGGUUUCUCAGCUGUAAAGGAUGGAGGAUACGUACCUAUAUUACCAGGUUUAGCACUUUGCAAUACAAAUGAGGUUGAAAUGAACAAUGUUGAUAGCAAUUUUCAAAUAGUAUUAAAAAAAAUGAAUAAGAAAGAUUCAACAACAAAAUGCAAGGCAUUAAAAGAAUUUGCUAUUAUGUGUAGAGAUUCAGAAAUGUCAGCUGUGGAAGGAAUGUUACCAUUCUGGCCACGAUUGUAUUGUGCCUUAGCAAUUGAUAUAGAACACAGAGUAAGAGAAACUGUACAAUUAGCACACGCAGCUGUUGUAAAACGCGUAGGCAGGGGUAUAGCAAUGUAUUUGAAACAGCUAGCUGGAGCUUGGUUCACUUCUCAAUAUGAUACAUAUCCUCCAGCUGCAUCUGCUGCUAGUAAUUCAUUUAAUGAUACGUUUCCACCAAAAAAAGUUGUUGAUGCCAUUGUACAUUGUCAACAUGAAAUCUUGACUUAUAUCUGUGAUAAUAUUACUGUUCAUAGUGCCCAGACUCUAUCUAUACAAAAGAACCUUACUACAGAGGAAAUGGAAUUAAAAUAUCAGAGUGUGCUAAUAUCUAGUUUAUAUGGAUACAGUGUUUAUUUGAAGAAAGUUCCUAUCCAAAAAAUUGAGGAUAUGAUUGAUAUUCAUAAUAAAAUUAUAAACAGCAACAAAUUUUGGAAGCUAGCUAAAAAUGAUUCUGUCCCAGUCAAAACAGCUUUCUUUAGUGUACUAACAUCAAUGAUUGAUAAUGCUAAUCUAUUACUGCAAAAUGAAAAAAAAAGAACUGUAACAACUAUCAUGAAUAAUCUUGAUGAAACAGAACCUGCACUGUUGACGGCUGUAUGGGAAUCUAUGCUUAGUACUAUAAAUAAAAUAGAGGACUGGUACACUGUAGUAAAUAUUGAGAAACUAGUAUUACCGGCAUUAUGGCGUGUUUUACGAAGUGGACAAUGUUGCGCUAGUAUUGUUUAUCCGAAUUUAUUACCCUUUAUUAGUCAAUUUCCAAAACUAAAUGUUGAUCCUCAUUACUUGUAUAUAUCUUUCUUCAACCAUAUGCGACAAGGAUUUUCCGUUAAAAGUGUACAAAUGAGCCGUUCUGAGAUGCUUGCGGUGACGACAUCGUUCGUCGAAUGUUUGCGUUAUACAGUAUUUUCAAAUGUUAAUAAUCGAAACUUAUGUAAUGCUCUGCUCAUAGAACAGCUCAUACCAUCAUUAGAAAUGUGUUUGAAAGAAAAUAGUCCAAUGAAACAAAUAUUUUUUUGUGAAAUUACUCAUUUAAUACGAUAUUGGAGUAAAAAUCGGCACAAUGAUGAUUAUAAACUUUAUUCUUGUUUGAUACAAGAAUUUUGGCGAAAUCUUGAUAUAUUGUUCACUUCGCUUUUAAAUGCCAGCGAAAAAUCCGAAACAUUUGAUAUUCCAGAUACAAAUAAUUCUCAAAUAGAAUUUCUAAACAUAUUAAAGAUAGCCCCUGAGCAGGGUCGGAAAAAUUUACAAGUGAAAUUUUGUAAUCCAGAGGAGAAUGUAACGACUCAGUUUCAAAUACAAAAUGUGGAAAAUGAUACCGAUACUGAAUUUGUUGCUGAGCUUAACAAGUUUGUCAGUUCCCUUUGCAUAAAAUAUUUUAACCACAUUAUUAGGAAACGUGAAAAACAAUAUGUCACGUACCUAAACAAGCUUAUAACUUAUUUUGAAAGCGAUGAACUUUUUAAAAAUCUAUCCGACUUUCUUAAAACGCAAAUUAAUUUACUUAAUUUCUGUAAUGAAAUUUUACAAAAUUGGUUAUUGGAACGAUCAAAAGAAACUGAACAUAUAAUAGAACUAAUAUUCAAUCUUAUGAAGUACAUGGAUGAUUCUGAGAAAAACGAUAUUUUAAAAUCAUUAAUAGAGUUUGAUGAUAUUAUAACUACAAAAAGUGUCAUACAGUGCGCUUUAUCUAAGAAACAUAGAAAUGAUGUUAUAGUACAGAAAUGGUGUUCGCAAUCUAAGAUUAGUAGUAUAUUAAUAGAAGUAGCAAAGGAAAUUGCUUCAAGCAAUUAUUCAAGUAAAAAUCAGAAUCUUAUAUUGUUAUCUUUUGAACCUCUAGAGGAUGGUAAUUUGCUAAUAAAAGAAGAAGCGGUCAACGAAAUUAUAUCUAUACUUUGCAAUUCAUUCUAUGAAAUAGAUGAGAUGUGUCUGUUAGAUUUCACGUAUUUAAUUUGCUGUAUUGUUCCAUUAGCAUGCUCUCAUAAGGGAACAACAGCAGGAGCAAUACAAAUAUUAGGAACCCUUUUCGAAUUACGUUCACAUAAUUAUUUCAGUAAUAAUUCUGACUACUAUCUGAUAGAUACAAUGCGAGAUGUAUGGACGAAAGAACUUUUGAAAACAAUACGAGAACUUUCACAAUCUGAAUUUAUUAAUUUGGUUAAAAUGUUUGCGACUUCUAUGUGGAAAAAGAUAUAUAAUCGAAAUGAAGAAUAUGAUAAACAAAUAUUGGUUGACAUAGCCGUUGAUUUUCUUGAAACUAUACUUGAUAGUGGAAUCUUCUAUGCAGAAGAAAUUAUUUUAACAUUUUUAACAGAUUCUGAUAUCAUAACAUGGAUAGCUGAAACAACUGGGAUAAUCAUAUAUGGUGAAGUAAUAACUGGUGAACUGCAUGUGUCAUCUCUUGAUCAAAAUAUACAAAUUCACCAGAAAUGUAUGUCUAUUGAUUUAACCAGUAAUACAAUAACGGAUAAUACUGAGAGUUGCUUAAAAUGGGCAUUGUUUAAUAUAAAUUUAUUAAAUAAUCUAUGUUUGAGAUCAAUUAGUAAAUGUAAAUCAGAAGAAUCCAGUACUGAAGAAUUAUUGAUACACAAUUUGAAUUUACCAGGAGCUACAAAUUUAUUAAUUAAUGUUAUAUAUUCGAUUAUUUUGGGCGAAAUUUACUCCAAACAUUAUAAAUCUACCAAAUGCUAUGAUAAUGUAAAUAAAACUUUAGUGACUGUACAAGAUAGUUUUAAACAGUUACAGAUAUAUAUUAAUGAAGAUACAUUUAAUGAAAUUCGUGAUUAUAUAACAAUGAAUUUUUCGAAAUACGGAAGUAUGUUAUCAUAUAUAAUAUACUUUUGUUGUACAGAAUUAUGUCCCACCAAAGAACCUAAAGAAUUAUUUGAAUGUUACAAAAGUAAUGACAUAUUUUCUCUAAAUGGAGAAAUAAUGCUUCAAAGGCUACAGAUUCUAUCCAAAUUUGAAAGUUUGGAUAAUAUCUUGUAUACAUGGAAAACAGACGAUAAUGUUUCUGAAUUAAUACUGACAAGAACCAUGUUGAUUAAAGAAGAAGAUAUUUCGAAGUACUGUAGAAUUGUGGAAAACAAUCCUUCAUUACCAGAUGAUUGUGAAAUUUCUGAAAUUUCCUGGGAUAAAUUAAAUAUACCUUUGGAACUUAUAAGAUUAUCAACAGAACUCGUAAAGAAAAUUCCAUCCAAAUUAACAUAUAAACAUUGGAAUUUUAUAUUAAUAUCUAUAGUCCUGUGGCCGCUUUCUGUUAGUAAUUCAAAACAAAAUAUUAAUAAUUUUAAGGUAUCUACAAUGAUAGUAGCCAUUUGUCAACUUUAUCACGCAGUGCAAGAUUUAAUUAACAAGCAUGAACAGGAAAAAAUAAAAGUCAUGUCACCAAAGAUAUUAGAUGAAUGGAGAAAUGCUUUCGUCGGUGAUGCACAAAGUGGAAUUGUUCAAUGUUGGAUGCUUUAUGCAGAUUCGUACAAUGAAAAAACAACAGCUUUGAAACCUGUCCUAUUGUUGGAUCACUUAGGAAAAGCUAUAAAAAUGGUGGAUGGAAAUGUAAUUUUCAAAAGUUACAUACCACUCACAACAACUGUUGAGCUGGCAUUGAAAUUGCUUCAGUCUCCCAUAGCUAGUAUACAAUUAGGAGCAUAUCAUAUAUUAAAGCACGCAGUACCAGAGCUUGUGCAACAAGACAAAGAUACUGCUGAAUUAGAAAAUUUCGAUAUAAAUAGUCUGAACAUUAAAAAAAUGGAAAAAGUACUUCAGAAUACGCAAAAUAUCGUAAAUAUCAUUCUAAUGGAUUUCAAAUUAUGUGAUACUGUGAGUUGUACUAUUCAACCAUACACAGAUUCUUAUACUUAUACUGUCGGAUAUUUAUUAUCGUGGGCUAUCAUCCUAGAAAUGUGUGCAAAUGCUCAUGGAGAUUUACUAUAUCAAUAUGCAGAGAUACUGAAGGAUAAUUUUUUUCCUAAUUUAUUAAAUAACAUAUUUCGAUUAAUGCCAGUGGAAGUGCUUCAAGACAAUAAGAACAAAGGUGCUAAAUUAAUGGAAAUUUUUUCUACCGAACCAUCUCUAGAUUUUUUCGAAAGUUGGACGGAAUGGAGACUUGACCAUAUCGUAUGUUGGUUAUACACAAAUAGUUUAAGACAUUUACCAGUGUUAGUGAGACAAUGGUGGAGUACUGCUGACAGUAGAGUCAGUGCCGCCGUGGAUAAGAUUACAACUCAUUAUGUUAGUCCUAUGCUUUGUCAAGAGGAACUUCUCAACAAUAAAUUACAAAGCAUCGAAAACAUGCAAGUGAAGGUACAUCCAACAUUCCGCGAAGUGGUAGCUUUGUAUCAAAUGGAUGAUACAAAAUUGGAACUUAAUAUUGUAUUGUCACCUAAUCAUCCAUUGGGACCAGUUACUGUUGAACCUGGACAACACGCGGGUGGUACAGUGAAUUGGAGGAAUUGUCACAUGCAAUUGUCCAUAUUUCUUACACAUCAAAAUGGAUCUGUAUGGGAUGGGCUCACAUUAUGGAAAAGAAACUUAGACAAGAAGUUCGCUGGCGUAGAAGAAUGUUGCAUAUGUUUCAGUAUUUUUCAUAUAAAUACAUAUCAAAUACCAAAAUUAUCUUGUCAUACAUGUCGCAAGAAAUUUCAUACUGCAUGCCUGUAUAAAUGGUUUAGUACAAGUCAGAAGCCCACAUGUCCAAUUUGUAGGAAUAUAUUUUAAUUUAUUAUAUCAUUUAUAAAAAAUAAUUUGUACUUCUGUUAAGUAAAUAAGUCUGUAUAUAAUAAAAUUAAUGAAAAAGA